AUGCGUCAGAGAGACUCAAACAGAAGUACAGAGUGCGUCAGAGAGACUCAUACAGAAGUACAAAGUGCGUCAGAGAGGCUCAUACAGAAGUACAAAGUGCGUCAGAGAGACUCAUACAGAAGUGCGUCAGAGAGGCUCAACAGAAGUACAAAGUGCGUCAGAGAGGCUCAUACAGAAGUACAGAGUGCGUCAGUCAUACAGAAGUACAAAGUGCGUCAGAGAGACUCAUACAGAAGUACAGAGUGCGUCAGAGAGGCUCAUACAGAAGUACAGAAGUGCGUCAGAGAGACUCAUACAGAAGUACAGAGUGCGUCAGAGAGGCUCAUACAGAAGUACAGAGUGCGUCAGAGAGACUCAUACAGAAGUGCGUCAGAGAGGCUCAUACAGAAGUACAGAAGAGAGACUCAUACAGAAGUACAGAGUGCGUCAGAGAGGCUCAUACAGAAGUACAAAGUGCGUCAGAGAGGCUCAUACAGAAGUACAGAGUGCGUCAGAGAGACUCAUACAGAAGUACAGAGUGCGUCAGAGAGGCUCAUACAGAAGUACAAAGUGCGUCAGAGAGACUCAUACAGAAGUACAGAGUGCGUCAGAGAGGCUCAUACAGAAGUACAAAGUGCGUCAGAGAGGCUCAUACAGCAGAGUCGUCAGAGAGGCUCAUACAGAAGUACAGAAGAGAGACUGAAGUACAAAGUGCGUCAGAGAGACUCAUACAGAAGUACAGAGUGCGUCAGAGAGGCUCAUACAGAAGUACAGAGUGCGUCAGAGAGACUCAUACAGAAGUACAGAGUGCGUCAGAGAGACUAUACAGAAGUACAGUGCGUCAAGAGACUCAUACAGAAGUACAGAGUCAGAGAGGGCUCAUACAGAAGUACAGAGUGCGUCAGAGAAGAGACUCACAGAAGUACAGAGUGCGUCAGAGAGGCUCAUACAGAAGUACAGAGUGCGUCAGAGAGGCUCAUACAGAAGUACAGAAUGCGUCAGAGAGACUCAUACAGAAGUACAGAGUGCGUCAGAGAGGCUCAUACAGAAGUACAGAAUGCGUCAGAGAGGCUCAUACAGAAGUACAGAAUGCGUCAGAGAGACUCAUACAGAAGUACAGAGUGCGUCAGAGAGGCUCAUACAGAAGUACAGAGUGCGUCAGAGAGGCUCAUACAGAAGUACAGAAUGCGUCAGAGAGGCUCAUACAGAAGUACAGAAUGCGUCAGAGAGGCUCAUACAGAAGUACAGAAUGCGUCAGAGAGGUCAUACAGAAGUACAGAAUGCGUCAGAGAGACUCAUACAGACUCAUACAGAAGUACAGAAUGCGUCAGAGAGGCUCAUACAGAAGUACAGAAUGCGUCAGAGAGGCUCAUACAGAAGUACAGAAUGCGUCAGAGAGGCUCAUACAGAAGUACAGAAUGCGUCAGAGAGACUCAUACAGAAGUACAGAGUGCGUCAGAGAGGCUCAUACAGAAGUACAGAAUGCGUCAGAGAGACUCAUACAGAAGUACAGAGUGCGUCAGAGAGGCUCAUACAGAAGUACAGAAUGCGUCAGAGAGGCUCAUACAGAAGUACAGAAUGCGUCAGAGAGGCUCAUACAGAAGUACAGAGUGCGUCAGAGAGACUCAUACAGAAGUACAGAAUGCGUCAGAGAGACUCAUACAGAAGUACAGAGUGCGUCAGAGAGGCUCAUACAGAAGUACAGAAUGCGUCAGAGAGGCUCAUACAGAAGUACAGAAUGCGUCAGAGAGGCUCAUACAGAAGUACAGAGUGCGUCAGAGAGGCUCAUACAGAAGUACAGAGUGCGUCAGAGAGACUCAUACAGAAGUACAGAGUGCGUCAGAGAGACUCAUACAGAAGUACAGAGUGCGUCAGAGAGACUCAUACAGAAAUCCUUAA